AUGUAUACGCAAUACGGCGGCCGCGGCGGCCACAACGCGCACUCCGCUGCUCUUAUCGCUGAUAACAGCUUCUCCUCAUCUCUGCUGUUUCUCCAUCGAUUGAUCUACAUCGAUCUGAACAGUCCCACGAUGUUCAUCUCAAGGACCGUUGCGCGAUUUGGUCGCUGGAGAGCAGCACAGUUGCCGCGUGCUCGCUCCCUUCAUGACCUCGCGAAUCACCCACAGAGCAAAUUCUUGAGAAUAUCUGAAGAGGUUCGUGAUGCGGUUGCGACAGGCAAGCCAGUUGUCGCGCUUGAGACAACCAUCUACACCCAUGGUUUCCCAUAUCCUGAGAAUAUUGCCCUCGCAACACUUCUCGAAUCGGUGGUUCGUGCCAACGGUGGAGUCCCCGCGACCAUUGGCAUCCUCGGCGGUGUUGCACGAGUUGGCAUGAGCGGAGAGGAUAUCAUUGAGCUGGCCUCAACAGCGGAAAACAAGACCGCACUGAAAGUGUCUCGGAGAGACCUAGGCUAUAUCUGCGGAUUGGGCAUGACAGGAAAACUCAUUCAUGGUGGUACAACUAUCUCUGGUACAAUGAUCCUCUCGGAGCUUGCUGGGAUUAAGAUUUUUGGAACAGGCGGACUAGGUGGUGUGCACCGCGGUGGUGAACGCACAAUGGAUGUUUCAGCCGAUCUUACGGAGCUUGGUCGAACCGCUAUCACGGUCAUUAGUUCCGGAUGCAAGAGCUUUCUUGAUAUCCCUCGAACUCUGGAGUAUCUCGAGACCGAGGGUGUCUGCGUUGGUACUUUCGCUGAUGGACGUGAAGGAUCUGUUGAUUUCCCCGCUUUCUUCACGCGGGAAAGUGGCGUCCGUAGCCCGCGGAUCAUUCAAGACGAGGCGGAAGCUGCCGCCAUAGUUUAUGCGCAAUCCAAGCUUCCGGUUGGAUCUGGAAUCCACUUUGCUAACCCAGUACCCUUAGAGUACUCUAUACCAAAGCCCGAGAUUGAUCGCAUCAUUGAAGAGGCAGUUCGCUUAGCAGAUGAAGAGGGCUUCAAGGGCAGCGACAAUACUCCAUUUGUUCUCGCUAAGAUCAAAGAGCUGAGUGGCGGGAAGAGCGUGGUUGCGAAUCGUGCUUUAGUCGAGUCCAAUGUCAAGCGCGCAACCCGGGUGGCCGUGGAGCUUGCCAAGAUCGAGGAGAUUGACCGAGGAACUGCGUCUCGACACAUGCCCGCUAUAUCGAGCUAUAAUCGGUCAGAUCAAGAUAAUAUCACACGCCAGCCCAACCCUGAACCUGCCAAGCAAGUACUAACUCCUCAAAUAACCGAAAAAGCCGAUAUAUUGGUUGCCGGUUCGCUUGCCAUCGAUUUAUCUUGUGACUACACUCCAUUUGAUGCCGAAUGUGCCCAGAUUGCGCCCGUGUCACACACGUCUAACCCUGCUGUGAUCGGACAGAGCCUUGGUGGCGUAGGUCACAAUGUCGCUAUUGCUGCUAGCUAUAUCGGUAGCGAUGUUCUUUUCUGCAGUGUCGUUGCAGACGACUUAAGCGGCCGGGCGGCCCUUUCAUCUCUCAACCAGGAGGGUCUUGACAUUGCUGGCGUUCAGGUUCUCCCCGCAACUCCGGGAACUCGGACUGCACAAUAUGUCGCCAUUAAUGACGCUAAAAAGGAUCUCCUUGUUGCCAUGGCCGACAUGGGAAUUAUUGAGCUUCCUGAGUCGCAGCUGAAUUUUGAUGGAUUCUGGGAGCCAUUGAUCGAACGAACCAAGCCUCGUUGGGUUGUCGUCGAUGCUAACUGGCGUCCUGAGGUCAUAGCUAAAUGGACGUCUGUUGCCCGUAAACACGGUGCCCGUGUGGCCUUCGAGCCUGUGUCAACAGCCAAGUCUCGUAGACUAUUCGGUCGGGAUGCCAGUGGUUCUGGUGCAACUAUCAGCCCUGCACAGACGGUUCCCAACAAUGCCAUCAGUCUCGCCUGCCCGAAUCGCCUUGAAUUAUCAGCUAUGUAUAAUGCUGCACGCGAGACGCUUCUUUUUGACUCACCUGCUUGGUGGAGUAUCAUUGAUGCAAUGGGCUUGUCUCCUACAGGUUCUCGUGAGCGCCUUGUCGCAGCGACAUCUGCUGAGCUUGUUGACGAAGGCCUGCCACAACAAUCCAUCCAGCUCCUUCCCUUCAUACCAUGUCUUAUCACUAAGCUGGGCGAAUCCGGCGCCCUCUUGACACAACUCCUACCACCAGGUGAUCCGCGACUAACAGAUCCUGAGUUUGCACCUUAUAUUCUUGCGCGCGCUGCUCCGACAGCGGAAGUGCCAUUUGGAGGUGUUUACAUGCGACUUUUUCCUCCCACUAAGACUCUAACCUCCGAAGAAGUUGUCAGUGUCAAUGGUGCUGGCGAUACUCUACUUGGCGUGGCUGUGGCUGGCCUUGCAAAGGCUGACUCGUCUUUGCGCAUCGAGGAUAUCCUUCCCUUGGCCCAGGAAGCUAGCCGAUUGACUUUGACAAGUGCCGGCGGCGUGAGCAAGGAGUUGGUUGGCCUCCGACCUACCAUGAGACCGAAUUAA